AUGUUGUCAAGGUAUUCAGUCGCCAUAUUGGGACUUCUGCUCUUAUGUGCAUCAGCAUGGGGACAAGACUCAAAGUUGAACAUGCUGUACAAGGAUCCAAACCAGCCCAUGAAUACUCGAAUGAAGGUUCUCAUGAACCAAAUGACCCUCGCAGAGAAAAUUGGCCAGAUGGUACAGAUUGAUCGACGCGCUGCUACAGCCGAGAUCAUGAGAGAUUACUCUAUCGGCAGUGUCCUAAGCGGUGGCGGUAGCGUGCCACAUAAACACGCCGCCCCCGAGGGGUGGGUGGAUAUGGUGAAUGGAUUUCAGACAGGUUCCUUGUCUAGCAGACUUGGAAUUCCUAUGAUUUAUGGGAUUGAUGCUGUUCAUGGACACAACAAUGUUUACAAGGCUACCAUAUUUCCCCACAAUAUUGGCCUAGGAGCAACUAGAGAUAAAGAUCUUGUGAAGAGGAUUGGUGCUGCAACUGCCCUUGAAGCCAGAGCUACUGGCAUUCCCUAUGUCUUUGCUCCAUGCAUUGCAGUAUGCAGAGAUCCAAGAUGGGGAAGGUGUUACGAGAGUUACAGUGAAGACCCUAAAGUUGUUCAAGAAAUGACCGAAAUCAUUUCUGGUUUACAAGGAGACAUCCCUGCGAAUUCAACGAAGGGUGUUCCUUAUGUUGGUGGAAAUACUAAGGUUGCGGCUUGUGCAAAACACUACGUUGGAGAUGGUGGGACGAUAGAUGGAAUCAAUAUGAACAACACAGUGACUAACUGGCAUGGAUUGCUAAGCAUUCAUAUGCCACCAUACUACAAUUCAAUCAUCAAGGGUGUGUCAACAGUCAUGGUAUCCUAUUCGAGUCUAAAUGGAGUCAAAAUGCAUGCAAAUCGUCAACUUGUCACCAAAUUCCUCAAAGGCAAUUUGAAAUUCAGGGGAUUUGUCAUCUCAGAUUGGCAAGGAAUCGACAAAAUCACCUAUCCACAACAUGCCAAUUAUACGUAUUCCGUUCUAAACGGGAUUAGAGCUGGCAUUGACAUGGUUAUGGUCCCUCUCAACCAUACAGAAUUCAUUGAUAUUUUAACCUCUUUGGUGAACAAAAACUUCAUUCCAAUCAGCCGGAUUGAUGAUGCUGUCAGAAGGAUAUUGAGAGUUAAAUUCAGCAUGGGCCUCUUUGAGAAUCCAAUAGCUGAUCAUAGUUUAGUUGAUCAACUUGGAAGCCAGGCUCACAGAGAUUUGGCAAGGGAAGCUGUGAGGAAAUCACUUGUACUAUUGAAGAAUGGAGAAAAUGCUGAUAGCCCUGUACUUCCACUACCCAAAAAGGCAUCCAAAAUCUUAGUUGCUGGAAGCCAUGCUAACAAUCUUGGAUUUCAAUGUGGUGGUUGGACGAUAACCUGGCAAGGACAAGGUGGAAACAACCACACUGCUGGAACCACAAUCUUUAACGGGAUCUCGACUGCAGUUCAUCCAAGUACAGAAAUCUCCUACAGUGAAAGCCCGGAUGAGGAUUUUGUAAAAUCUAAUAACUUCUCAUAUGCCGUGGUUGUGGUAGGAGAACCUCCCUAUGCUGAAUCUGCAGGUGACAAUUCAAACCUUACUAUUCCUCAACAAGGUUUAGACACAAUCAAGAAUGUUUGUGGCAACGUCAAGUGUGUGGUUGUUCUUGUAUCCGGUCGACCUUUGGUGAUUCAGCCACACCUUAAACACAUCGAUGCAUUAGUAGCUGCUUGGCUACCGGGAACAGAAGGCAACGGGGUGGCUGAUGUCCUCUUCGGGGACUAUGGGUUCACCGGGAAGUUGUCAAGGACUUGGUUCAAGACUGUAGAUCAGCUCCCCAUGAAUGUUGGUGAUUUACACUAUGAUCCACUCUUCCCCUUUGGUUAUGGACUCACCACAGAACCAGUUACAUCAAGUUAG